ACGGAUUCUCAGACAAGGCUUGCGAAUGCCCCGCAGCUAUCAUUUAACUGCGCCCGCAGAGCAGUUACGGUUUGUCACCCGACCCUCCCGGAUCGCCUCAUUUGUCCCUAGUGAGAUCCCGAGUCUCUGCCCGCGCCGGGCUUCUCAGUAGCUGGAUGUAUGACGUGCUCCGGGCAGCGCGGGCGCAGGGCACGCGUUCGCGCACACCCGCGCACACACGAAAAGGCGCAAGAGCUGAACCGAGACCGGUUUCCAUUUCAAAAAAGGAGACGGCCUCUACUGCAUUAUUAGAAGAGACCGUGGUGUGAAUUAGGGACUGGGAGGCGUCAGAGCGGAGCAACGGUUCAUCUCAGAGACUAAUUUUCUGGAGUUUCUGCCCCUGCUCUGCGUCAGCCCUCACGUCACUUCACCAGCAGUAGCAGAGGCGGCGGCGGCGGCGGCGGCGGCUCCCGGAAUUGGGUUGGAGCAGGAGCCUCGCUCGCUCCUUCGCUCGCGCUCUCCGAGCUCCGUGCCCAGCGGCAGGAGGAGCCUGGACACAGGCGCCGCCGGCGGGCGGUAGGUGCCAGAGCCCGGCCCCGAGGUGCGUCCCGGAUCCCAGCGCGAGUCUAGCCAGGAGCCUGCGCCCCAGAGUGUCCCGGGAGCGCCGCGGGCUGGUGCUCGGCUCGCCGGGCCAUGCAGCGGCGGCCGCGGCGGAGCCCCGAGCGGCGGUAGCGCCCCCUGUGAGGAGGCCCGGGAUGCCCCUGCCACUGUGAACGGUGCCGUCCUCCAGGGCACGCUCAGCCCCGGACACGCUCGGCUCUGCACGCCUGAGACGAGCACCGAGAGGAGACAGCGGCGAGCGGGGCAAAGGCCGCCCAGCACCGGCAGGGGAGGCCGACCGGUGCCGCGCAGGGACACGUACUCAGUCUGACUCGGGCUGGCACUGGUGGCUAGGAAUGUCGUCCUGGACGAGGUGGCAUGGGCCCGCCAUGGCGCGGCUCUGGGGCUUCUGCUGGCUGAUCGUGGGCUUCUGGAGGGCCGCUCUUGCCUGUCCCACGUCCUGCAAAUGCAGCGCCUCUCGGAUCUGGUGCAGCGACCCUUUUCCUGGCAUCGUGGCAUUUCCGAGGCUGAAGUCUACCAGUGCAGACCUCGAGAACAUCACCGAAAUUUACAUUGCAAAUCAGAAAAGAUUAGAAAUCAUCAACGAAGAUGAUAUUGAAGCUUAUGUGGGACUGAAAAACCUGACCAUUGUGGAUUCCGGAUUAAAAUUUGUAGCUCAUAAAGCAUUUCUGAAAAACAGCAACUUACAGCACAUCAAUUUUACCAGAAAUAAACUGACGGUAUUGUCUAGGAAACAUUUUCAUCACCUUGACUUGUCUGAGCUGAUCCUGGUGGGCAACCCAUUUACAUGCUCCUGUGACAUUAUGUGGAUCAAGACUCUUCAGGAGACUAAACCCAGUCCAGAAACUCAGGACUUGUACUGCCUCGAUGAAAACAGCAAGAAUAUUUCCCUGGCAAACCUGCAGAUACCCCAUUGUGGUUUGCCAUCAGCAAAUUUGGCUGCACCUAACCUCACUGUGGAGGAGGGAAAGUCUAUCACAUUAACUUGUAGUGUUGCAGGCGAUCCAGUUCCGAAUUUAUACUGGGAUGUUGGUAAUCUGGUUUCCAAGCAUAUGAAUGAAACAAGCCACACACAGGGCUCCUUAAGGAUAACUAACAUUUCAUCUGAUGACAGUGGAAAGCAGAUCUCUUGUGUGGCAGAAAAUCUUGUAGGAGAAGAUCAAGAUUCUGUCAACCUCACUGUACAUUUUGCUCCAACUAUCACAUUUCUCGAAUCUCCAACCUCAGACCACCACUGGUGCAUUCCAUUCACUGUGAAAGGCAACCCCAAACCAGCGCUUCAGUGGUUCUAUAAUGGGGCAAUUUUGAAUGAAUCCAAAUACAUCUGUACUAAAAUCCAUGUUACCAAUCACACGGAGUACCACGGCUGCCUCCAGCUGGAUAAUCCCACUCACAUGAAUAAUGGGGACUACAAGUUAGUAGCCAAGAAUGAGUAUGGGAAGGAUGAGAAACAGAUUUCUGCUCACUUCAUGGGCUGGCCUGGAAUCGAUGAUGGUGCAAACCCAAAUUAUCCUGAUGUAAUUUAUGAAGAUUAUGGGACUGCAGCAAAUGACAUUGGGGACACCACGAACAGAAGUAAUGAAAUCCCUUCCACAGAUGUUGCUGACAAAACCGGUCGGGAACAUCUCUCGGUCUAUGCUGUGGUGGUAAUUGCAUCUGUAGUAGGAUUUUGUCUGCUGGUAAUGCUGUUUCUGCUGAAGUUGGCAAGACACUCCAAGUUUGGCAUGAAAGAUUUCUCAUGGUUUGGAUUUGGGAAAGUAAAAUCAAGACAAGGUGUUGGCCCAGCCUCAGUUAUCAGCAAUGAUGAUGACUCUGCCAGCCCACUCCAUCACAUCUCCAAUGGGAGUAACACUCCAUCGUCUUCAGAGGGUGGCCCUGAUGCUGUCAUUAUUGGAAUGACCAAGAUUCCUGUCAUUGAAAAUCCCCAGUACUUUGGCAUCACCAAUAGUCAGCUCAAGCCAGACACAUUUGUUCAGCACAUCAAGCGACAUAACAUUGUUCUGAAAAGGGAGCUAGGCGAAGGAGCCUUUGGAAAAGUUUUCCUAGCUGAAUGCUAUAACCUCUGUCCUGAGCAGGACAAGAUCUUGGUGGCAGUGAAGACGCUGAAGGAUGCCAGUGACAAUGCACGCAAGGACUUCCACCGCGAGGCCGAGCUGCUGACCAACCUCCAGCACGAACACAUCGUCAAGUUCUAUGGCGUCUGCGUGGAGGGUGACCCGCUCAUCAUGGUCUUUGAGUACAUGAAGCACGGGGACCUCAACAAGUUCCUCAGGGCGCACGGACCUGACGCCGUGCUGAUGGCCGAGGGCAACCCGCCGACGGAGCUGACGCAGUCGCAGAUGCUUCACAUCGCCCAGCAGAUCGCUGCGGGCAUGGUCUACCUGGCGUCCCAGCACUUCGUGCACCGAGACCUGGCCACCCGGAACUGCCUGGUGGGCGAGAACCUCUUGGUGAAGAUUGGGGACUUCGGCAUGUCCCGGGACGUGUACAGCACUGACUACUACAGGGUCGGUGGCCACACAAUGCUGCCCAUUCGCUGGAUGCCUCCAGAGAGCAUCAUGUACAGGAAGUUCACCACCGAAAGCGACGUCUGGAGCCUGGGGGUCGUGUUGUGGGAGAUCUUCACGUAUGGCAAACAGCCCUGGUACCAGCUGUCGAACAAUGAGGUGAUAGAAUGCAUCACUCAAGGCCGAGUCUUGCAGCGACCUCGAACGUGCCCCCAGGAAGUCUAUGAGCUGAUGCUGGGGUGCUGGCAGCGAGAGCCCCACAUGAGGAAGAACAUCAAGGGCAUCCACACCCUCCUUCAGAACUUGGCCAAGGCAUCUCCGGUCUACCUGGAUAUACUAGGCUAGGGCCCUUUCCCCCAGACCGAUCCUUCCCAAAGCACCUCCUCAGUUGGGCCGAGAGGAUGAACGUCUUUUAACUGCCGCUGGAUGCCAUCAAUCUGCUGUUCUUCGCUCUGACAGUAUUAACUACAAAGACACCGAGAAGCUUUCCGAGGGAAGCAAUGUGUACUUCUC